CACAAAGUAAACAUACUUUGCAUGAGUGACGGGUAUUUGUAAAUAUUGCGGAUUUCGACAUUUCUGUUACGGUUUUGUUCGUCCUGUCGUUGUACUGUAAUGUCAGACAGGGAUGGUUAGCCUUACCAGAAGUUUUAACACAUCGACUAGCGGAGGAAUAUUUUUCAAUGACAACUCAGUGUCAGAAGAUGACGCUCAGCUGCUGCAGCCAGCUGCCGGUUCUAAUAGGCGCGACAACUUCGCACCCCUAAACACAGUUCUGCUCUCUGCGUUUCAUCUGUCCGUUGCUGUUGGCGUGUUUUUGGUGUCAGUGGUGCUUAGUGCAGUGAAUGAUGCCAGCAAUCGACAGUGCUUGUCAUAUUUCAUUGUGCUGUAUUUGCAUGCACUGUUUUGGUGUAUAUCAUGGAUUUUGCAUCACUUACUUAAAAAGAAACACGAUAGCCUAAAGAUCUAUGGCUACCUUGAUUUUUAUAAGGAAACAGAAGAUCAAUUCAGACUUCCUCAUCAUGUGGUUUCUGCAUGGAGUGUGCUGCUGCUCGUCGUUGAUUCACUGCUUCAUCAACUGUAUCCAGACAUGGCAGCUCACUGUGAAUCAGGAGGACUUGUCCGACCCAUUGUAUACCUCGUUAUACUCUUAUCACUGGAGACCAUUGUACUGGUUAUCUGCAUUGGCAGUUACAUAAGAAAAGUGUACAACUUUAACAAGAAAUGUCCUCUACCUGAUGCGCAACGUGAUGAAUGGCUGUUACAAAGAGAAACAGAAGGACAACGUAGUGCUUCAGAAGUUGGUUACAGGAUACACAGUGAUCAUCUGCAAGAUCUUCUUGAACGCCAGGCAGAUGUAAUAACACAUCUUCGUGAGCACAAUGCUCGCUUGAGCCGCAAAGUGAUGGCUCUUUCUUCACGAGCAAAUACCAGUCAUGAUUAGUUACUCUCAUUUUUUCUCCUAUUUUUUAAACUGUAUAAUAUUAGCCUACAAUUUUGUAUGACGAAAGUAUAUUUUAGUAGAGAAAUCUGUAUGACUGUUUACAUUGACUGACUUAAAUAUUUAUGACUUAUGUGUUUGGUUUUAGAUUUUUGUAAAUACAAGAAAGAAAUUUAUCAUCAGAUAUUAACUUUGGGAAAUGAUGAUGUUCCUAUUUUAUAGUUAGACACUUUGAACACAUCAGAUG